ACUUCCGGGUCUGGUGAAGCUUUGCCAAGACCUCCACGGACAACUCAGAUACCUGUGGAUGGGCAGCCUGCCUAUAGGCUGCAGCUGAAGCCGAAGGUGGAACUGUCACUCCUCAGCAACAUAUAAUUGUCAUACGGUGCCUUUUGUCACUUGCAGAACUGAAUUACCUCUUAGAAAUGGCCUCAGAAGGUGAGGAACAAAUCCCUGUGCAUGAGGAAUUUUUUCUCUGUGGUGGAGUUGAAACCCAGAUCAUAAAAUGUGGGCCCUGGACUAACCUCUUUGAUAAAGGAGGUGUCAGCAAGCCAAAACACCUUAUCUUCGUCAUUCCCGGUAACCCAGGCCACUCCCCCUUCUACUUGCCGUUCGCAAAGGCCUUGUACUCCCAGAUGAAGAGCCGCUUCCCAGUGUGGAUAAUCUCUCAUGCUGGGUUUUCUGUGACUCCCAAAAGCAAGAAGAUUCUUACAGCACCCCAGGAGUCAAACGCUCAAAGAAUUGAGGACAUCUAUGGUCUGCAUGGUCAAAUAGAGCACAAAAUAGCUUUCCUGAGAACUCAUGUGCCAGAGGGUGUGAAGCUUAUACUCAUCGGCCACUCCGUAGGAAGCUACAUUGCCCUUCACGUGCUGAACCGUGCACCUGACCUGCCCGUCAUCCACGCCUUUCUGCUGUUCCCAACUAUCGAGCGAAUGUCUGAAUCCCCCAACGGCAAGAUUGCUACUCCACUUUUGUGCUGGUUUCGAUACAUGCUCUACGCUACCAGCUACUUAUUUCUUAAGCCAUGUCCUGAAAUAAUAAAAUCCUUCGUAAUCCACAAAGUCCUGGAAAAAAUGAGCUUUAAAUCUGAGCUUCCUUUGACGGAUGUCCUGCAACCAUUCUGCCUUGCUAAUGCUGCCUACCUCGGGAGCCAAGAAAUGAUCCGUGUGGUGAAGAGAGAUGAUGACAUCAUAAAGGAACAUUUACCUAAGCUUACGUUUUACUAUGGUAAAACAGAUGCCUGGUGUCCAAUAAAGUACUAUGAAGACAUGAAGAAAGAUUUCCCAGAAGGCAAUAUUUACCUCUGUGAGAAAGGAAUACCACAUGCUUUUGUUCUUGGUUUCUACCAGGAGAUGGCUAGCAUAGUUGCUGACUGGAUAAAUAAUAGACUGCCCAGAAAAUAAGUACUUGCCCAAGGGGAAAAAAAAAUCACCUACAGCCAAUACACGGAAGCUGUAGGUAUGCUCUGCUUAGGGGUAAAUAUUAAUCUUAAUGCUUGAAAGAAAAAUCGAGACCCUCUCGGCUUACAGAUUACUGGCUCCCACACCCUGUGCUAAGGCUGACGAGAACCCAGCUGACGGCUCAUUCCGUCGGGGAGCAGUGAACAGAGGAAGCUGGCGGUGCUCUUCCCCAGCUCGGGAAAUCAGUUCUGGCUUCAUGCAGGUCCUGGCCGAGAUCUCCAGCACGGUCUUCUUGAUCCACCUGCAGUACCAACAAUCAAGUCUGCCUGACAUUCCUCAGCUAACUAGACGGAGUGGUUGGAGGAUCCUGACUCCAUCCUGCUGCAGGAGAGCCAACAGGCUCCUCCUGAGCCCUGAAAUGCCAGGGCCCUGCAGGUUCCUUUAGAUCAUGGGAUUUCCCGCCGCUGCUGCCAGUGUGACUCCUCCAGUGAUGCUCCCCAGACAGGAAGCAGUAAACCACUCACUAAUCCCACUCAUGACGCCAUUAGCUACCUUGUGACUCUUCCCUUCUGAAAAUUUCUGAGAACGUAAUUUUUGGAAAGAUGUUUUAAAUUGUUGAAAGAAAGAUCGAGGCCCUCUUGGCUUACAGAUUCCCAUGCCCUGUGUAAAGACUAAAGUGGACCCAGCUGAUUGGCUCAUUCCAUAGGGGAACAGCAAGCAGAGGGCGCCGGCGGUGACUGGGGUUUCCCCUCAAGUGAAAAUCAAUUCAGACUUCAUACAGGCCCUGUAUUACAUUGAACAUUAGCAUAAGUUCAUUCCCCAUCUGCCUAAACUUUAUUGAUUGGAAAGAAAUGAUUUUGUGAAUGAACAGUUGUUCUGUAAGCCAUUAAAUUUGUAUAACUUCACCUCUGAAAGCAUCAGAGUCUAGUAGAAAAGCUCUGGCUGAGAGGUAGAAGGAUGCUUCCUCCCUAACAUACUGCACAGCUAUGCAACCUUACCGUAAUCGACUCAAUCCUAAGAUCUUGGAGGCCAAUACAGCCAACUGUCUGUAGUGACAGUUGAAUAAUUGCAAGCAUUCCACUUUCUUAUAGAAGAAAAAGCUCUCGUAGCAGUAUCAUUCCUCGGGGGCAGUGAGAUGGUCCUUCCUCUCAGAAACCUAAGGCACUGAUGAAAGAUUGGGUUCUGGUGCACUGCCAGCUCAGUGCUGAGACGAGUGAGUUCUCAUCGUUCGGCAUGGCUUCUGCAGAGGAGCUCAGCUUCCCAGAGGGGAAGAGCCAAGCCCCAGACAAGGAGUCUCAUAGUCCAGGAGGAGUCCUCCUUACUGGUGCCUGCACAAGGAGGCCUCCAGGAGAGCUGGCCCGGGAAGCCAGGAUUCAUGCUCUGAGUGCCUUGCUCCUCAAACAGACUUGAUCAGUAGUGGGAAUCAACGCAUAAAACAAGUCCUGGUAAAUAAGACCUGCUGGAACGAAAGAACAGCAUUGGUAGAUCGCUCUUAGAAAGUAUUUUACAUCACUCUUUGUUUUCCAAAUCCUGCUUAACCGGCCCUGGUUCCUCAUUCCGAGUCCUCACCUCAGCACCAAGUGAUCUUUUAUAAUAAAUGUCUCACCGCAAUCACUGCUGUGUCUGAUGUCAUCUCUGUCACAGAGAUGAUGUCAUCUCUGUGCUGUGGGCAAGGACACAGUAGAAGCAGUUUGCCGAGGCUGAAUUCAAGCUAUUAAAGGUGCUUCUGUAACUGCACUUUUGGAAGAGGGGAGAAUCAGGUUUUAGGACAGUGAGUCCUUGAGAAUUACACAGAGGGUCUGGAAAGGUGUCUCAGUGGUUGAGAGUAUUAGCCACUCUUCCAGAGGACAGAACCCACACCCCAAUUUCUAGAACCCACUUGUCAGCUCACAACAGUCUGUUACUCCUGUUUCAGAAGCUCUGACACCCUCUUCUGGCCUCCCCAGGCACCAAAACCAUGCUGAGACCACCUCGAACUAUGUGUAAAGACCCUGCCACAAACAGAAGAAGAGAGGGCAAGAGACACAAAUAGAUGUGGAGCAGCUGAGGUCUGUUUUCCAGGAGCCUUCCCUUCUGUUCCAGUUAAGCACAUGACGGUCCCUAUGACUUUCAUAGUGCUUAUUAUAAAGCAGUCUGAUGCUGGGUGAAAAGCAUUAGAACGUUGGCCCAGGCCCGUGGUGAUUCCUAGUCUGUCCUGUAUAGCGGCAGCUCGUGCAGGCUCGUGUCUGGGAUCCUUUCACUGUUUACUUCCGUCACAUUCAGUCAACCACUCAACCCUUGGACAGCCCCAUACCUUGGUGCUCUGAUUUUCCCUCAUAUUUAUGAAAGCUGUCACAGUUCAGAUUAAAUAAGAAUAAAGGAGGCAUGUCAAGCUAAUUCAA